CUUCAUCGCAACCUCGAGUCCUGUUUAUAACUCCGCGCUAGAUAUAAUCAAUGUCCUAAAACCGGUAGACGGUGGAUAGGUAGAGAGGGAAUAUUAAUGGAGCAGCAGGGAGAGGAGAAGAUGAAGAAGAAGGUGAUGGUGGCAAUUGAUGAGAGCGAGCUUAGCCACUACGCGCUAGAAUGGACCCUCGAAAAUCUUGGCAACACCAUUCAUAAUUCUGAGCUACUCGUCUUCACUGCACAGCCCACCACCAUUGAUUUUGGUUACACAAACAAUGUUCUCGAUCCAUUUUGUUUUACUCCUGAGCUGGUAGCAGCUAUACAAGAAAACUACAAGAAGGUGGCAUUGGUUUUGCUGGAUAAAGCUAAAGACAUCUGCGCCAACCAUGGGGUUGUUGCAGAGACAGUAACAGAGGUUGGUGAUCCUAAAAAGGCAAUAUGUGAAGCGGUAGAAAAAUUCAACAUCGAGUUUCUAGUACUAGGCAGUCAUGGUCGAGGAACUGUACAAAGGGCUUUCCUGGGAAGUGUCAGCAAUUACUGCGUUCAUAAUGCCGGAUGUACUGUUCUUGUUGUGAGGAAACCAAUUUGAACAUUUUUCAGUUAUGUAUGAUCUGUAGCUCUAGUGUGAAAAUUCCAUGAUAAUCCGGACUACUAUGUUAGGUUAGUCACUACUCGCAGUGUGCCUCACACUCUGAACUCUGAACUAAUUUCUUGUCUGCGAAGUUUUAAUACCCUGAAGCAUGUACUAUAUGGUU